AUGUCCGGGCGAUUUGUGCGUUCCUCCAAAUACCGCCACGUCUUCGGGCGUUCGACGAGAAAGGAACAAUGCUACGAUAACCUUCGCGUCUCCAGAAACGCUUGGGAUACCAACCUGAUCAAGGUUAAUCCGAAACACCUUGCGGUCAAUUGGGAAGCUGGUGGUGGCGGCGCUUUUGCUGUUAUUCCUCUUGAGGAGCGUGGGAAGCUUCCGGAGCGCAUCCCUCUGUUUCGGGGUCACACAGCAGUCGUGCUCGACACGGACUGGAAUCCUUUCAAUGACGAUCUGAUUGCCUCGGGUUCCGACGAUGGAAAGAUCUUCCUCUGGCGGGUUCCGGAGGACUUUACUGUGCGUCCCGAUGUCGAUGCCGAUGACAUCCAGGACAUUGCACCUGUUGGCAAGCUGAGCGGUCAUUCCAAGAAAGUUGGCCACGUGCUCUUCAAUCCCGCGGCCGAAAACGUGCUGGCAACGGCCUCGGGCGACUAUACUGUGAAGAUCUGGGACAUUGAGGCUGGUGCGCCUAAGCUGACUCUCAAUGUCGGCGAUAUUGUGCAGUCCCAGUCUUGGAGUGGCAACGGCUCCUUGCUGGUCACCACCUCGCGUGACAAGAAGCUCCGCAUUUGGGAUGUCCGUCAGGAGCGCCCUGCCCACGAAUCAAACGGACACUCGGGAGCCAAGAACAGCCGCGCUAUCUGGCUUGGUGAGCGCGACCGGAUCGCGACCACUGGUUUCUCCAAGAUGAGUGACCGUCAAUUGGCUCUGUGGGAUGUCCGUGCUGCCCGUGAGCCUAUUAGUGGCUUCAAAACCCUGGACUCCAUUUCGGGCGUCUGCAUGCCCUUCUGGGACGAGGGCAACAGCUGCUUGUACCUGGCUGGACGCGGUGAUGGAAACAUCCGAUACUUCGAGAUCGAGAACGAUAAGUUCGAGUUCCUCUCAGAGUACAAGUCCGCCGACCCGCAGCGUGGUGUCGCAUUUAUGCCCAAGCGUGGUGUGAACAUGCACGAGAACGAAAUUGCCCGUGCAUACAAGACUAUCAACGACGGCUACAUUGAGCCCAUCUCGUUCAUUGUACCCCGUCGCUCCGACAAUUUCCAAGACGAUAUCUACCCGCCCACUCUCGGACUGACCCCUGCCAUGAGCUCGUCCGAGUGGUUGGCUGGCAAGGAGGCCAUUCCGCCCAAGAUCUCCAUGGCUAGCUUGUUUGAGGGUGAAGGCCUCAAGGAGGUCGAGAGUGUUAAGGAAAAGCCUACUACUACUUUUGAUGCUCCCGAGCCCAAGCCUGCUGCUGAGCUUGUGGCCAAGAAGCCCGAGCCUGCUGUUGCGAAGCACGCCCCCGAGCCCGUUCCCGAGCCCACGCCGGUGGCCCGCCCUGCCCCGUCCAUGAAGGAACAGGGUGGUGCCAUGGCGGCCAUGGUGAACAAAUUUGCCGACGAUGAAGAAGAGACUGAAUCUGUGGAUGAUGACUCCAGCUUCGAGGAAGUCCCCAAACCCGUCGAGCGUGCCCGCUCGACUAUCACCGAGGCCGCUUCCCCCAGAGUCAGCAGUCCUCUGCGGCCAAAUGAGACCGAGGCCAAGCCCGAGCCCAAGCCCGAGCCCAAGCCCGAGCUCAAGGCCGAACCUGAGCCUGAACCUCGCUCAAUUACUCCCGCCGCUUCCUCCCCCACCGCUAGCGAGUCUGGCCUGCCCACUAGCGCCGUGCACCGCGAGAUUGAGGAAAUCAAGAACCUGAUUGCAGAGCAGACCAGAACGAUUGCGUCGCAGGCCAAGCAGAUGCAAACUUUGACUUCUGAGAUCGAGUCGUUGAAGAGCAAGCUGACCUAG